AGCGAGGCGCUGAGAGUAACAAACAGCUGAUUGUCCUUCCAAGAGUUAUUUUAUCGGGAUUUUUCAGGGUCGCGGUCGUUUUCAUAGUCUAUAUGCUUAAUAACAACGAUAAUAAUUAUUAUUAUUGUUAUUAUUAUAUUGUUACUAAUACCGAUACCUGUUAAUGCCAAUAAUGUUAAUGAGCGUUUGGACUACAUUAAGUGUUUUCACGCAAGCUUAAUUUUAUCAAGAUGAAUUGAACUGAUGAAAUAAUAAUAGUUCGUUUAAGCAAAAUAAAACAGGCGUAUUAUAUUCUCGCCGUUGUUGAUCACUCAUACGUACCUGCAAUUUGUCUAAUUUUUAAGGGAAUUUGCGUCGUUUUAUUCAUAUUCACUUAACCUAUUACAACUGAAAAGGUGAUACCACCAAGAUUUUCCAGCAUCCCGCAAACCCGCAAAGUUGAAGAAAUGGGCGUGAUCGGCUUAAGCACUCGUUUGCAAUUAAGAUUGACUUUGGCAGUUAAAUACAUAUCCGAGCCCCAAGGAUGUUCUUUGAGGAUUUUUUUUUUGUUCUUUCAGCUCCCCCUAAUAAAAGUCUUCCAUGUUGCAUUGCCUAACCUUACACUCUAGCUGUGUCGUUUCCUACCUGAUUCUGAUGCUGAUAGCCCAUUUUACUGCCGUCUAUAGCACCUUUCCUCCGGUGCCGGCGGGGUGCUUCGCCAUGGCCAUUUUCAUGGUCACACCACCUGCAAAGAUCUUGAGACGGGAAGUUAUGACUCUCUCGAAAGAAUACGAAGCAAACCAGCAGCGAAGGCUGGUGCCGCUGGAUGAGGGUGAAAUCGACAUUCUGGGGGACGGUGACCCUCCUGAUCACCACAUUGCAGAGGCCUUCUUGUCCCUGCGAGAUGCUUCGGUGGAUGAGGCGUCGGCCGAACCUAGCGCCGAACUGGACUCUUCCGGAGCCGAUUCGUCCGGUGAAAGCGAGAGCAGCUUCUGUUCAUCUGGUGAAAAGCAUCACAACACAGUCAAGCCGCCUUAUUCCUACAUCGCUCUCAUCACUAUGGCGAUCCUACAGAGCCCAGAGAAGAAACUGACGCUCAGCGGCAUCUGUGACUUCAUAAGCAACAAAUUCCGUUAUUAUAAAGAGAAGUUUCCCGCGUGGCAAAAUUCUAUUCGGCACAACCUAUCACUCAAUGACUGUUUCAUUAAGAUCCCUAGAGAGCCCGGAAAUCCAGGAAAAGGCAACUAUUGGUCCCUGGACCCUGCAUCCGAAGACAUGUUCGACAACGGAAGCUUUCUCCGAAGAAGAAAACGAUUUAAAAGAAGUCUUCCAGAAUAUGUGAAGGACAGCUUUAUGCUGUAUUCGAAUUUAAAUUUUCGGCCAUAUGGGCGCCCAUAUUGUGUUCAGGGUCAAAGUGCCGCAGACGCAGGAUCGCCGCGCUACCUGCCGCUACAAGACGGAGUCGUAACUCCUUCCUCUUAUUACCAGUAUCAGGGCGUCCGCGGCGGAAAGGUCACGGGACCCAAGGGACUUCAGAUGCAACUAUACGCAGCAUCUCUCCAACCUCAGAAGUCCACACCUGUGACACGAAAUAAAUGUCCUUUCAGCAUCGACAGCAUAAUGGGAAUAAAUUCUUCUAGUGUGCAAAACCCCAGCUUCCAGGGUCCGACAGACUACUCCAGCUUGCUAAGGAGACCAACCACCUACUUGGUCCAGACAAUGUUAUCCGCUCCAAGAACUUCGUUCAACUCAUCUCCCGUGAAUGUAAAUCCACCCGAACUGCAGCAGAUGCGGUACCUACACUGAAAGGAAGGUGGACACUUUCGUGUAUAUAGAUCACAUCUUCAGAUGCUGCUGUGAAUUGUGAACACGUAUUGUGUAAGCUGUACGCUUUCUAUAUAAAAGAUAAAUAGCGAGAUACGACAUAUAACACUGAUAGUUGUAAUGUAUAUAAUAUGUAGUAAUAUAUUUAUUAAAUGCGUAAUGUAAAGGAAGACAGUCACGAGAAAACCAGAGAUACUAUGUAUUUAAAGUUUUUGUCGGUAUAUGUUUUGUAUGAUUUCAGAUGCUUAAUUAAAAAAGCCCUAACUGUCA